CAUCACGUGAGACGCGGGAAGUGUUAGGAAAGUUCAAGGUUGACAAUAAUUUCAAAAAUAUUACAUACUUGGUAAUCAUUUAACCUUUAACAUUUAGUAGUAAGUGUUAUCAUAAUAUUAUGUCCAGCCGAAUGUCAUUUUUAAAGUCGGGUAAAGGCAAAAUUAUUCUCGCCACUGUGUUUGCUUUGCAUCUUGCAAUUUACUUUGCUAAGCCGUCAUAUUUCAAGGACUCGACUGAAAAAAAAUCCAUUGAAGCACCGCCGAAGUACUUGCCAUAAAUCGGAAUGACCUUAUGCAAGACUUGGUACGGAAAUUGACAACUGUCAAAAAAAGUCAAAUUAAAUCGAUACUUAAAAAAUAUCCAUUCAUGAGGUAUAAAGGCGUGUUGUCAGUGAUUGCGCCUUACUUAGUCCGUAGAGGUGCUUCGAAAAACAUCGUCAGAACCAUGAGUAGUUCCGGAAAAUACCAAGUUUACGUCACUCGCUCAGAUAUGCCACAAUGUGGCAUAGAAUUACUUAAGAAACAGUGUGAUUUAAAAGUUUGGGAACAAGCAUCACCAUGUCCAAGACAAGAGUUGCUGAAACAUGUAGCUGGUGCCAACGGAAUCUAUUGUUCACUUACGGACAAGAUAGAUAAAGAACUGUUAGAUGCGGCAGGAUCUGGACUAAAGGUUGUGGCUACCAUAUCUGUGGGUCAUGACCAUAUUGAUGUGCAGGAAUGUAAAAAACGAGGUAUCCGGAUUGGUUAUACUCCAGAUGUCUUGACUGAUGCUACUGCAGAACUUACGUUGGCACUCCUCUUAUCCACAUCAAGACGUUUACCAGAAGCACAAAAUGAAGCAAGAACAGGUGGCUGGGUUUCCUGGGCUCCGACAUGGAUGACAGGACCAGGACUUGCCGGUGCCACUGUUGGAAUUGUUGGAUUCGGGAGAAUAGGCCAAGCAGUUGCUAGAAGAGUGAAAUCUUUUAAUACUGCAAAAAUUAUUUAUUUCAACCGCAGUGUAAGACCUGAGGCCGAAGAAGUUGGUGCAGUUAAAGUAACAUUUGACGAAUUACUCACUCAGAGCGACUUUGUGAUAUGUUGCUGUGCAUUAGUACCUGAAACUAAAGAAAUAUUCAACAAAACAGCAUUCGAAAAGAUGAAACGAACUGCAAUUUUUGUGAACACAAGUCGAGGUGGGACUGUUGACCAGGAUGCAUUGAUAGAGGCUUUACAAAAUAAUACUAUUCGAGCUGCAGGCUUAGAUGUGACUACUCCUGAACCUCUACCUUUAGAUAGUCCAUUAUUUAAGCUAAAGAAUUGUAUUGUACUACCUCAUAUAGGCAGUGCUUCAAUCGAAGCUAGGAACACAAUGAGUGAACUCACAGCUCAAAAUAUACUGGCCGCUUUAAAUGACACUAAAAUGCCAGCUGAACUUAAGUAAACUUAUACAAAACUGUUAUCUAUUUGUA